CAGAGAUAGCAAACUAGCAAACAGCCAAACCAUUCCCAACCCCACACCUUUUCCUUUUCUUUCACCUCCUCCAACAUGCCCACCACUACCUCCAUUCACUUUAAUUCCUUUCACCCUCCUCCUCAAGUGCUCCAUUGUUGAUUGAUAGUACCAAAAAAAGACCCAAAAACCAAAAGUAUAAACAAAACCAAAUGUUCUUCUCCUUCUUCUUCUUCCUCUGCAUUCUCUUCCCUGCCUUCCCGGGUCUACCCAACCCGGGUGCGGCUCCCACCCAGUCAUUCCUCCCAAACCGGACUCCCUCCCCACCCACUACAAUCCCUGCAUUCCCAGAACAAUCCGACUUAGUCGGGUGCCCGCUGCACCUCCCCAAUGAGCUCUUCCAUGGCAUAAAGUCCGCAUGCUCCGCCACCAAAGGCGAUGCCUCAGGUCACUUGCAGCGCAGCAGGUGCUGUCCUGCGCUGGCCUCGUGGCUCUACUCUGCCUACUCUGACACCGCUCUCGGCAGAGUAGGCAGGGUGGGCUCAGCAGUGGCCGGUCAGUCUUAUGAUUUGCCACUGCUGCCGGACGACACGGAAACUUGUGUUCAGGACUUGGGAAAGGCGCUGAAAAACAGAGGUAUCGAGCUAAUCAAGCCGAAUGAGACCUGUGAUGUUGUGUACUGCUAUUGCGGGAUAAGAUUGCACCCCUUGAGCUGUCCCGAGGCGUUUUCGGAGAACGAAAGAGGGAAGCUUGUUGGGGAUGAAAAGGUGAAGAAGUUGGAGAGAGAUUGCUUGAGCAGCGGCGCCAAUGGCAAUUGGUUUCCUGGUCUUGGUGGCUGCUCCAAAUGCUUGCACAGUCUCUACAAUCUUAACAAGAAGAAAACUUCCAAUUCAAGCAAAUUAGGGGACAGGACCACCAAAAUGCACAACAAAGAUUGUCAGCUGAUGGGUCUCACUUGGCUCCUUGCCAAGAAUCGGACGGCUUACAUCCACACAGUUACAUCCGUGUUUCGGGCUAUCAUGUUAAGCACCGACGGCUCCGAUCCUCGGUCGUGCACGCUCAACAGUGACGGAAUGCCUCUCGCUGUCGAUUCUUCUGAAAUUUCUGAUCAGUCCUCGUCCAGCAUCCUCGCAGCUUCCGUCUCGUUCUACAUUGUAAUGUCACUUUCUUUGUUUUUUAUGUUGUCGCUUGCCCUAUGCUCCAUCCAAAACUAGUCGAGAUUCACAAAUAUUAUGAACCGUGAUGCGUUGUUAGUUUUUAAAGGGGGGGGGGGGUGUUGUGGGGAUCGAACCCACAACUAGGUUAAUAGGCAUCAUUGUUUCUCGUCCUUGCAGUAAAAAGUCAAUUGCUGUAUUUCUUUUAUGUACUCUUGUAAUUGUUCUACGUUUUAUGACAUGCCCAAUUGCCCCAUGCAUUGGAUACUUCAUACGUUUAUGGGCAACUAAGAGAAAAAUUUGUGUAGGA